AUGGCGGAGCGCGGUCAGCUCCCUCCCCCCGCCAAGCGCCUCUGCUGCAGACCUGGCUACGGUGCCGGGUGCAGGCCAGGCCAGCGGGCGGGUGUCGGCGGCGGCGUAGUUGCCGGCGAAGGAGGCCUGGGCGGCGGCGGGGCACUAUGCGUGGCGGGACCUUCCUCGGCCGCCGCCUCCUCCGCUGCCGUCGCUUUCCCCCCUGCCCUCGCUGCCGCCUAUGCCGCGCUGGGGGUACUGCCGUUGGGCAAGACGCAGAGCCCGGAGUCGCUGCUGGACAUCGCGGCGCGGCGGGUGGCGGAGAAGUGGCCGUUCCAGCGGGUGGAGGAGCGGUUCGAGCGCAUCCCGGAGCCCGUGCAGCGCCGCAUCGUCUACUGGUCCUUCCCCCGUAGCGAGAGGGAGAUCUGCAUGUACUCUUCCUUCAACACCGGCGCCGCCGCCGAGGACUCCGCCGGCAGCAACGCUUCAGCCGCCCCACCGGGCGGGGGAUCUACCGCCGUCGGCUCCACGGGCACCGCCGGCGGGGGCACCGCCUCUGCCGCCAGCGCAGUAUCCAACAACAGCAACAGCGGCGGAGGCACCAACAGCACCGCGCCCGGGGGCGGCGGAGGAACAGCGGACGCCGCUGCCGACGAGAACCGCCUGCCCUUCCGCAGGGGCAUCGCUCUGCUCGACGGCGGCUGCGUCGACAACGUCCUGCAAGUCGGUUUCCACCUGAGUGGCACAGUGACCGAGCCUGCGGUGCAAUCGGAGCCAGAAACUGUUUGCAAUGUAGCUAUCAGCUUUGAUCGUUGCAAGAUUACCUCAGUGACCUGUAGCUGUGGAAACAAAGACAUAUUUUACUGUGCCCACGUCGUGGCACUUUCUUUAUACCGGAUCCGCAAGCCAGAUCAGGUCAAACUGCAUCUUCCCAUUUCAGAGACUCUCUUUCAAAUGAACAGAGACCAACUACAAAAGUUUGUACAGUAUUUGAUCACAGUGCACCAUACAGAAGUUUUGCCAACUGCUCAGAAGCUAGCAGAUGAAAUCCUUUCUCAAAAUUCGGAGAUCAAUCAAGUUCAUGGUGCCCCUGACCCAACAGCCGGCGCUAGCAUAGAUGACGAAAAUUGCUGGCAUCUGGAUGAAGAGCAAGUCCAGGAACAGGUUAAACUCUUUCUCUCCCAGGGUGGAUACCAUGGAUCAGGGAAGCAGCUCAAUUUGCUUUUUGCAAAGGUGCGAGAGAUGUUAAAGAUGAGAGAUUCAAAUGGUGCUCGAAUGCUGACCUUGAUAACAGAACAGUUCAUGGCUGACCCUCGUCUGUCGCUUUGGAGGCAACAAGGAACUGCAAUGACAGACAAAUAUAGGCAGCUCUGGGAUGAACUAGGUGCUCUUUGGAUGUGCAUAGUCUUAAAUCCGCAUUGCAAGGUGGAACAAAAGGCCAGUUGGCUAAAACAGCUGAAGAAAUGGAACAGUGUUGAUGUUUGUCCCUGGGAAGAUGGGAACCAUGGAAAUGACCUGCCUAGUCUAACCAAUGCUUUGCCUCAGGGUGCAAAUGCAAUCCAAGAUUCAUCAAACAGGUCUCACCGGACGGUGUUCACUCGAGCCAUUGAGGCGUGCGAUCUCCAUUGGCAGGACAGCCACUUACAGCACAUUAUUAGCAGUGACCUGUACACCAACUACUGUUACCAUGAUGAUGCUGAAAACUCGCUCUUUGACUCUCACGGGUGGCCCCUCUGGCAUGAACAUGUCCCUACAGCCUGUGCAAGGGUGGAUGCACUAAGAUCUCAUGGUUAUCCAAGAGAAGCACUGCGUCUAGCAAUAGCUAUUGUUAAUACUCUAAGGAGGCAGCAGCAGAAACAGCAGGAAAUGUUCCGGUUCCAGAAGAAAGAACUUCUCCACAAAGGAGUAACCUCUAUAACUAACCUGGAAGGCUGGGUUGGACACCCAUUGGACCCAAUUGGCACCCUUUUCAGUAGCCUUAUGGAAGCUUGUAGAGUGGAUGAUGAGAGUUUCCAUGUGUUCUCAGACUUCACAGAGAACAUGGGCCAGUGCAAAUCUCUGGAGUACUAUCACCUGCCUACCCAUAAAUUCUUAGAAGAAGGGGAAUCUUACUUAACACUCGCAGUGGAAGUAGCAUUGAUAGGACUUGGGCAGCAACGAAUCAUGCCUGAUGGCUUGUAUGCACAAGAGAAACUUUGUCGGAAUGAGGAACAGAUAAUUUCCAAGCUACAGGAAAUAGAACUGGAUGACACGCUGGUGAAGAUUUUCCAAAAGCAAGCAGUCUUCCUAUUAGAAGCUGGACCCUAUAGUGGCCUAGGUGAAAUCAUCCAUCGAGAGAGUGUUCCAAUGCACACAUUUGCCAAGUAUCUUUUCACCUCUCUCCUACCUCAUGAUGCUGAACUAGCAUACAAAACUGCACUGAGAGCAAUGCGGUUACUAGUAUUGGAAUCCACAGCUUCAUCAGGAGACAUGUCUCGUCCACAUCACAUUGCAUCAGUUGUUCCAAACCGGUAUCCCCGUUGGUUCACCCUAAGUCACAUUGAAUCUCAGCAGUGUGAGUUGGCAUCAACUAUGCUAACUGCAGCCAAAGGUGACGUUCGAAGGCUUGAAACAGUGUUAGAAUCUAUCCAGAAAAAUAUUCACUCCUCAUCGCACAUCUUCAAGCUUGCCCAGGAUGCAUUUAAAAUAGCAACACUUAUGGACAGUCUGCCGGAUAUCACCCUUUUGAAAGUCUCUUUGGAGUUGGGUCUUCAGGUGAUGCGCAUGACGUUAUCAACAUUGAAUUGGCGGCGGCGAGAGAUGGUGAGGUGGUUGGUAACAUGUGCAACAGAAGUAGGUGUUUAUGCACUGGACAGCAUCAUGCAAAACUGGUUUACACUUUUCACUCCAACUGAAGCUACUAGCAUUGUUGCUACCACGGUGAUGUCCAACAGCACUAUAGUCCGUUUGCAUCUAGACUGCCAUCAGCAGGAGAAACUGGCCAGCAGUGCUAGGACGCUUGCCCUACAGUGUGCCAUGAAGGAUCCUCAAAACUGUGCCCUCUCUGCACUGACCUUGUGUGAAAAGGAUCAUAUAGCUUUUGAGACUGCUUACCAAAUUGUUCUUGAUGCUGCUGCAACCGGCAUGAGCUACACACAGCUUUUCACCAUAGCGCGAUACAUGGAACAUCGUGGUUACCCGAUGCGCGCCUACAAACUGGCCACGUUGGCCAUGACGCAUCUCAACCUGAGUUACAAUCAGGACACGCACCCUGCCAUUAAUGAUGUUUUAUGGGCAUGCGCACUCAGCCACUCCCUUGGGAAAAAUGAACUAGCGGCUAUCAUACCUCUGGUGGUCAAAAGUGUCAAAUGUGCAACAGUACUGUCGGACAUCUUGCGUAGAUGUACUUUGACCACUCCUGGAAUGGUGGGACUUCACGGAAGGAGGAACUCUGGUAAGCUCAUGUCAUUGGACAAAGCCCCGCUAAGGCAACUCUUGGACGCCACCAUCGGAGCGUAUAUUAAUACCACACACUCUCGGCUCACGCACAUCAGUCCACGGCAUUACAGUGAAUUUAUAGAGUUCCUGAGUAAGGCCCGUGAGACUUUCUUAAUGGCUCAUGAUGGACACAUUCAGUUUACACAGUUCAUUGACAACCUAAAACAAAUCUACAAAGGCAAAAAGAAACUGAUGAUGUUGGUUCGUGAACGGUUUGGUUGACAAAAAAAAAAAAGUGUGAAUGGGGAUGUGGGGGGAGGGGAGGAAUGGGAGGGUGGUAUGUUUUUACUUGAGCCUGCCUUUGUAUCCUUUUUAACUUAAACAGAGCCACGCCGGUAUUAUAUGUGUAUAGUUAUAUACUGAGUUUGCAAAACUAAAAUGUCACGUUGUGAAAGUUUGUUUGUGUGUGUGUGUUUAUUUUUUUUUCCUUUCCUUUUUUCUGUUUUGUAUGAGAGAUUGAGAGGCUUCAAAAAAAAAAAAGUUUGGUUUACACUGAGUAUAUGUUGUCAAGUGGCUGAAGUCCACAGAGCUCUCCUGUUCUUUCUGUAUACGUUCACAGCCUCAAAACAAAACGAAGAGAGAGAGAGAGAGAGAAAUGUAUUGCAAUGGCUUUAAAAACAAAACAAAACAAAAAAAACCAAACAAAAACACCUCCAUCCUGUGAUAAGUACCUCGAAUGGCUCCAGCUUUACUCCUUUGUAACUCAUCCUGACAUUUCAGCUUCUUUAAAAUGAACCAACCACACAGAUAACGUAAUAGUUUCAAAGGCUGACCCACGUGGCUUUGCAGUGCUUGUUCAUCCAGAAGCAUGGCACACGAUGCUUGUGCAUGUGGAAACUUAGCGACUGUCAACAUACAUUCUCAGGGAUUUAUCUGAAGAAAAAAAAAAUUAAAAAGAAUGAAAGCAUUUAUUGUACUGUAUAUAUAUUAUAGUAUAUGUCGGAAUAUUGAGGGGGAAAUAUAACUAACUAAUUUAUAAAAAAAUAAAAAAAAUCUAUAAUGCGAAAUACUUGAAGCUGCAGUAGCUUGGUUUUAAACAAAAACGAGACAAAUGUAUUGAAAAAAGACUCAAGUACGCCUAGCUUCAGAGCUGGCUCAGGUGAUGAACUUAAUAUGCUGGGCAUCUAUGCAGAGCCACCUUUUGGAUUGCAUUGUUGGAUGGAAAUUGGGGGGGAAUUUAUACAUGCAUAUAUAUUUAUACAGACACGUGUGUGUAUGUGUAUAUAUAUGUAUACACUCUCUUGCGCUUGUAACAGGCACUCUAUUGAAGAGGAGACAACACAGCCAGAGCAGCAAGCCUUAGCAUUAAGAAUACAGUAUGCCAGAUUUGGGGUUUGUGCCUCCUAGCCUAGAAAACUUAAAUAUCCUUUCUUUCUUUUUCACACACAAGGUGGCUACAGGUAACAAUGUACCACAUUGUCGCUACUUGUAAACUUUAUCUGGGUGUGCACAAACUACAUUGCAAUCCCGGUCACCAGUAGCAUCUGGCCAUCUGAUGAAGUGGUGGUUUUUUACCACUUUCUUGAAACAAACAAAUUACAAAAGCAGUGAUGUUAUAAAACAACUACAACAACUUUGCUAUAUGGUCAGUCGCUGUAAGUGACCAGCUUCCAAAGUGGUUCAUGCACAUUGCACUUAGCUCAUAAGUAGUGACCAUGAGGCAAGUAUUUGUCUGUAGCUACCUACAAUGUUUUCCAAAACGAUUGACAUAGUACAUUACGCCUUUGCAGUGAGCUAAUAAUAAGCUAAUCUUCGUGCACAAAUAACAUAUAUAUAUAUUAUAUAUAUAUAAAUAUAAAUAUAUUCUGCAUAGGUAUUUGACUUUGUGCAGGACAGAAAGUUGUGUAGGUAUGACUGUUCUACUUUUCAGUUGAAUUUUUUUUAAGAAAUAUUUUUUAUUUCCUCUAGAAUUACUUCAAAAUAAAACAGCCUUCUAUCUUGCCUUGUCUUAAUGCUUUAAAAUAACCAAACUGGAGAUCUAACUACCAAACUGUUCAUUAUUAUUAUUAUAUUAUUAUUAUUAUUACCAAUUUUGGUUACAGUAUAGUGUCUUUUAUUUUAGCUGAUGGUUCUAUAUCCUUGUGCUUUUUAAAGCAUUUUUUUUAACAUUUUGGUGCAAAAGUUGUCCUGUGUCUCUUGUUCUUUUCAUUAGAGAACAUGCUAGCGGUAUGUUUGUAGACAUUUUUUGUUUGUUUAGAAGGGGGGGAAAACUUGUUCCAUGCUCUCCAUUUUAUUUAUUAUACUAGGAAAAAAAAGGUUGUACUUCAUCACCCAUGUAAACAUGCUCAUGAAGUUGAAAGUAAUUAAGAUUUGAUACACUGAUAUCAAUUUAUUUAUGUAACUAAAUCACUGUUUUAUAAACUUGUUAAUGAUCAACAAUUUUUUUUGUUUUGAUUAAAAUUAGUUUUUUGAAAGUUGA